AUGCUGUAUUCUUACGCGCGACAACUACUACUUGGUGCUCUUGCGCUGCAAAGUGCAGAUGCAGCGAGCUGGAAGGAUUACAAACCUCAGAGUCGUACACCGAGUUCGUGUCCCGAUUAUGUCGACUAUUCGCAGAAACCUCAUGAGCCUUUGUCUUCCGGGAAGCUCAAGUUGCCGUUUAUGAGGCCGAGUGAGGAAUGCAGGACUUUCAAGAGCCCCGCUGUUGAGAAAGUCAUCAAGGACAUGAAGAAGCGCAUCAAGAAUCCCGAUCUGGCACGUUUAUUCGAGAAUGCUUUUCCUUCGACACUUGAUACUACAGUCAAGUACUUUGACGCCAAGAAGAACCUGGCUUUUAUCGUUACUGGUUUUGCUCAUCUGUACAAACUACUCCCUCAAGAUGAGAACUUGAAGGAUCUAGUCAAAGCUAUUAUCAACACUGAAGCGAGAUACAUUUCAGAGUAUCCUUACUGUGGCGCUUUUCAACCUCCUCCCGAGAGUGGAUUGAGCCCCUCUGUCAAUGAUUACGCCGAACUUGUCACCGUGAAUCCGCCUGUCGACAACCAGACUGUGUUUGAGUGCAAAUAUGAACUCGACUCUCUCGCUGGCUUCCUCAAAAUCGCACGGUCUUACUACAACAACACCAAAGACGCGUCUUUCAUCAACGACAACUUCAAGUCCGCCAUGACCCAGAUCCUUCGCGUCAUCGACGAGCAAUCUCAAAGCACAUGGGCCGAAGACUGGUCAUAUGUCAGCUACUACAACUGGACCGGUAACGCAGGAUCACUAUCUCCACCAGUUCCCAACAGCGGCAACGGUGAACCUAAGCUUGCCAACGGCCUUGUCGCUUGCAGUCAUCGUCCAUCCGAUGAUCUGAGCGUGUUCAACUACAUCACAUCUGACAACGCCAUGAUGUCAGUCGAACUCGACAACGUCGCCAAUGUGCUAGACAAGGCCAAGAGUCAAACAAAACUCGCCAAGACUCUUCGCAGCCAUGCCGAAACGAUUCGCCAAGCUGUAUGGAACCAUACCUUAACGUCAAAUGGCAUCUUUGCCUACGAGACAAACGGUUAUGGUGGACAGUACAUCAUGGACGACGCCAACGUUCCCAGUCUUGUAUCUUUGCCAUACUUAGGCUUCCUCGACCGUUCCGACAAAACGUACCAAAAGACGAAGUCACUUCUAUUCUCCCGGGCAAACCCGUACUACGCCGUCGGAAAGACAUUCCGUGGAAUCGGUGGCCCUCAUGCAAACGCUACAAAUCCAUGGCCCAUGGCGCACGUAUCAGCUAUCUACGGCACAGAUGACGACGAUGAAAUCAAGGAGCGACUGAAUAUUAUUCUGGAGAACACAUCUGGACUUGGUUUAGUCCAUGAGAGCGUCAAUAUUUAUAACUCGACUGUGUUUACGAGACCUUGGUUUGCGUGGGCGAACAGUUAUUUUGCCGAGAUGGUGCUUGAUUUGGCGGAGAGGAAACCUGGGUUGAUCUUCAAGGAUAACAAACCAUACGUUAUCGGGAAAUAG